CCCCCCCCCCCCCCCCCCUUUAUCUUUUCUCUUAUCCUCCGCGUCCGCUCAAGACCAACACUCUUUUCCUCACAACUCUCCUACACCCCACGGAAAAUACUACCACUCUCAUCACCCAUCAUGGCUGAAUCUGUAUCAAUGCCCGUUUCUUCCGCCGGUCACUCCUCGCGGUCACACUCGCGCCCGGCGCUCUCCAUCGAUCUCUCCAGCAUUCCCCCGCUCUCACAACCAACACCACCUUCCAACACUCUCCUGAUCACCGAGCUACACGAUCUCAUUCUCUUCCAGCCGUCAUCGCUCGAAAGUAUCCGCAACCAAAUCACCGUCGUGGCCCGCUUGCACUCCUUCUCUCCGCUCCCCUCUUUCCGCCGCAUCAUCUGCUCUUUCCACUCCGAUGAAGACGCCAUCGCCGUGCGCAAGAUGCUCGAGGGUACUCGCCUGUUGAACCGCAACGUGCGCCCCCGCAUCUACUUUGGCGAGCCGACCCCGAUCCUGAGCCAGGAAGAGGCUCAUCGCAAGCAGCUGCUCGAGGCCCCGCAGCUCGAUAAGCUGUUCUUCAUCUCCCCGCCACCUUCCCCGCCUCACGGAUGGCAGAUGCGCAACGAGGACCCGCCCAACAAGGAUGUGCACGCCAGUGAUCUCGCCCACGCCCUGGCUCAGCUCAAGACGCAUCAGCCCGAGCCGAUGAACGUGGAUCCUGCCACCCCGGUCUCCAUUACGUCCGAGAAGCGCACGGGUAGCUGGCCUCUUGCCAGCUCUCAGCAGCGCAGCCGCAGCAGCACCAUCAUCUAUAACCCUGAGGACCACGGUCACAGCCCGAAUCUGCCCGCUGUGAUGGUUGAAGAUAUGAGCUUACCGGUGGACGAGGAUGUCGACAUGGACGUGGAGUUGAGUCCCGUCGAGAUGUCGGUCAACAAGAUGCCUCCCAAGACGGCUCGGCCUCCAGUGGAGCUGAUGAAUUAAAUGGGCUAUGAGAUGGAUUUUAUUGUGAAGUUUUUUUGGACAAUUUUUAGCGAUGGGUAUAUCUGUGCAUAAUUAUCCAUUGCAUUGCGAUGGGUUGUGAGCAUUCGGCGUUGGGCAACAGGGUGGACCCUUUUUCUUACUAUAGCAUUAUCAUGGAUUCGGGUUUCAAUUAUUUCUUCUAGCUUUCUUCUAUUGAAAAAGUUAGUUUAUGUCAAUAAUAAAGCAUCUCAU